AUGCCUUCUUCACAACCUACCGCAGGGCAUCUGGCUGUCAAGCCUGAAUAUCUCUCAUCCCAACCCUCGCCUAUGGCUAAGGCAUCAGAGCCAAACCGGUCGAAGUCCUACGACCCCAAGAAACCUCACAUUACCGAGACGCCAAUUACACGAGCGAACUGGUACAAGCACGUCAACUGGCUAAACGUCACACUCAUCGUUGGUGUGCCCCUGUUUGGCUGCAUCUCGGCCAUCUGGACUCCUCUCCGCCUCAAGACUGCCAUCUUUGCCGUCGUUUACUACUUCUUCACUGGUCUCGGCAUCACUGCCGGCUACCACCGAUUGUGGGCACACACAGCAUAUUCUGCCGGCCUACCACUACGGAUAUUCUUGGCCGCAGUUGGCGGCGGUGCUGUCGAGGGCUCAGUAAGAUGGUGGGCACGUGAUCACCGAGCACAUCACAGAUACACCGACACCGACAAGGACCCAUACUCUGUCCGCAAGGGUCUUUUGUAUUCGCACUUCGGCUGGAUGCUUAUGAAGCAGAACCCUAAGCGUAUCGGCCGCACCGAUAUCUCAGAUCUCAACGAGGAUCCAGUCGUUGUCCUGCAACACCGUCACUACCUCAAGGUCGUCAUUCUGAUGGGCCUCAUAUUCCCGACUGUCGUUGCCGGUCUUGGCUGGGGUGACUGGUGGGGUGGAUACAUCUACGCUGGCAUCCUCCGCAUCUUCUUUGUGCAGCAGGCCACCUUCUGCGUCAACUCUCUGGCUCACUGGCUCGGUGACCAACCAUUUGACGACCGCAACUCGCCACGUGACCACGUCAUAACUGCCCUGGUCACUCUCGGUGAAGGCUACCACAACUUUCACCACGAAUUUCCCUCCGACUACCGCAACGCAAUUGAGUGGCACCAGUACGACCCCACAAAGUGGUUCAUCUGGACCUGCAAGCAGCUUGGCCUCGCAUACGACCUGAAGCAAUUCAAGGCCAACGAGAUUGAGAAGGGUCGUGUCCAACAACUGCAGAAGAAGCUCGACCAGAAGCGUGCCAAACUCGACUGGGGUGUUCCUCUCGACCAACUGCCAGUCAUGGAGUGGGACGACUACGUUGACCAGGCCAAGAACGGUCGAGCUCUCAUUGCUGUUGCUGGUGUCGUCCACGAUGUCUCCAACUUCGUCAAGGACCACCCAGGCGGCAAGGCCAUGAUUAGCAGCGGCAUCGGCAAGGACGCCACUGCCAUGUUCAACGGUGGUGUCUACAUGCACAGCAACGCCGCUCACAACCUUCUGUCAACGAUGCGUGUGGGAGUCAUCCGUGGCGGCUGUGAGGUCGAGAUCUGGAAGCGCAGUCAAAUGGCCGCCAAGGGCGAAAUCUUGCAAAGCGCUGAUGGCGAGCGCAUUAUUCGUGCCGGGUCGCAGCCGACCAAGAUCGUGCAGAACAGUGAGAGCGCUGGCGCUGCUUGA